AUGUUGUUUCUCGACAUCGCCGCUUGUUCGUGCAUAGCAUACGUCAUCUGGACGAUUUUUCGACUUCAGCAUAAUUAUGUCAAAGCAAAGAAGAUCGGACUCCCAAUAAUCUUCUCGCCGGUCAACGUCUUUGGGCCUCUGUGGCUCACGACAAAAGGCUUCCUCGGGUCCACGCUCGAAAAACUCCCUUUUGGUUUAGGAGAAUGGGUUGCUCGCACUGAAGUUGGCUGGACUUACCACCACAAGUUUCAAAUACAUGCCGAACAUGGAGAAGCGUUCAUCAUCGUGUCCCCCGCCGAGAACGAGAUAGUGCUUGCCGAGCCAAAUGCGGCUGAAGAAGUCAUGCGAAGACGGAACGACUUCAUCAAGAAUCCUGCUGUGUAUGGCAUGCUGGACGUCUUUGGACCCAAUCUUGACACGGUCAAUGGUAAAGUCUGGGACCGACAUCGAAAGAUCACGGUGCCACCCUUCAAUGAGAAGAAUAGUGCUUUGGUGUGGAGAGAGUCUGGAAACCAGGCCGAGCAGUUACUACAAACAUGGUGCGAAAAGGUCGAAGUAAGGAGUACGCAGCCUGAUAUUUUUGCUGUGGCACUCAACGUGUUGUGUGAAGCCGGCUUUGGGGUGCACAGUAAAUUCGUCGAUGAGCCAAACUUCUCUAGAAGCGAAGAAUCUGACCAGCAUUUGGGUUACCGCGAAUGUCUGCGCUUGCUGCUCUCCAACUUUAUCCAGCUCGUCAUCUUGAAUGCGGUUCAAAAGUCCGCUCUUCCCACCAAAUGGCUGCUCUGGGGAAGAAUGAAAAAAAUUGCAAUUGCGCGUGACCAAUUCCUCGGAUAUAUGACCAAUCUUCUCGCAAUAGAGCAGAGAGCAUUCGAUCAGGGAGACAUGGACAGGCACAAUCUGAUGAGUGCUUUGGUCAGGGCCCAAGGUCAAUCCCAGGAGUCGGACUCCGUCCGUAAGAACACUCCCAACACCGCCUCAGGGGGACUCUCAGAUGGAGAAGUCUACGGCAACCUAUUCAUCUACAGCCUGGCGGGACAUGACACAACUGCUGGGGCUCUGCACUUUGCAAUUGUGCUACUGGCAGUGAACCCCGAGUUACAGGAUUGGGUUGGCGAGGAAAUCGACGCAGUCCGAAAUGCCGAUCCAUCCGGCCUCUGCUUCUAUGAAGAGACUUUUCCAAAACUGGUGAGAUGUCUAGCAUUGAUGUACGAGACCGCUCGACUCCACGGACCCGUCGUAAUGAUGCCACGCUACGUAGACAGCUCGCCACAGAGACUCCAAAUUCAUGGCCGCGAGCACAUUAUCCCACCACACACAACCAGAACCCUCAAUUUCGUCGCCCUGCACACUCAUCCAGAGCACUGGGGACCCGACCCUCUUUCCUUCCGCCCCAGCCGCUGGAUCGUUCCCGACGAGAACGCAGAAUCAGGCGGCACGUGCUUCCUCGAGCCUACACCAGGCUCAUACGUCCCGUGGAACUCUGGACCGCGAGUGUGUCCCGGGCGCAAAUUCUCACAGGUCGAAUUCGUGCGCGUGGUCUACGGGCUCUUUGCAGGCGGGACACGAGUACAGCUGGUUCGAGAGCCCGGCGAGAGCUUGUCGGACGCCAGGGACCGAGCGCUGCGUAUCGUGAACGAGGCCAAGGUCGAGGUCACGCUGAAGAUGGUGGAUGCGUACAGAAUUGGUCUGAAGUGGGUCAAGGGCCAGUCAUGA